AUGUGGACUUUCCUGGGAAUAGCAAGCUUUACGUACCUUUAUAAGAAGUCCAACAUGGUGUUGAGUUUUGCUCAGAGAGACCUCGCGAUGGUUGCAGCCUUAUUCUUCACAGCCGGCCUGCUGCUCUCGUAUAUCGCCUAUUUUCACGGCCAGAAGCUGCGAGUCUCUCGGGUGCUUAAUUUCUUCCUGAGCAGCCUGUCUUUGUUACCUGUUAUCAACCACUUAAUCCCCCAAACUGCAACACCGAGGAGCGAGAAAACAGAGAAGAGCGGCAAAAAGGGCCGGAGAACAAGGAACAGAGUGGAAACGGGCUCCUCUGCCUCACUCGGUGCCUCAGCAUCUGGCUCACCUGGUGAUCGGGACCCGGAUGUGGUGAUAGUUGGGGCAGGGGUUUUGGGCUCGGCGAUGGCGGCCGUCCUGGCCCGUGACGGCAGGAGUGUGACGGUGGUGGAGAGGGACCUGAAGGAGCCGGACAGGAUAGUGGGGGAGCUGCUGCAGCCUGGAGGAUAUAAAGCACUCAGAGAGCUCGGACUGGAAGGUUCAGUGGAGGGUCUGGAUGCUCAUCUGGUGCACGGCUACGUGAUCCACGACAUAGACAGUGGCACCGAGGUAGAGAUCCCCUACCCAGAGCAGGAGAAAAGCAUCCACUGUGGCCGAGCUUUUCAUCACGGCCGAUUCAUCAUGGGCCUGAGGAGAGCCGCCAUGGCCGAGCCAAAUGUCACAUUCAUAGAAGGCACCGUGACCAGUUUGCAGGAAGAGGACGGCUGCGUAACUGGAGUCCAGUACAAGGAUAAAGAAACUGGAGACAUCAAGGAGGUCCACGCGGGUUUGACUGUGGUGGCCGACGGCUGCUUCUCCAAAUUCAGAAAGAGCUUGGUGUCCGGGAAGGCUCGCAUCUCCUCUCACUUUGUUGGAUGCCUGAUGAAGGACUGUCCGCAGUUUAAGGCAAACCACGCUGAGCUGGUCCUGGCCAAUCCCAGCCCAGUGCUCAUCUACCAGAUCUCCUCCUCUCAAACCAGAGUGCUGGUGGACAUCAGGGGGGAGAUGCCUCGUAACCUGCCAGAGUACAUGGCUGAGAAAAUCUACCCACAGCUGCCAGAGCAUCUAAAGGAGCCUUUCAUGAUGGCGCUACAGAACGAUCGACUCAGGUCCAUGCCUGCCAGCUUCCUCCCGCCCUCCCCCGUCAACAAGCCAGGCGUGCUCCUCCUGGGUGACGCUUACAACAUGAGGCACCCUCUGACGGGAGGAGGGAUGAGUGUUGCUCUUAAUGACGUUCGCAUCUGGAGGAGUCUGCUCAAGAGCAUUCCCGACCUGUAUGACGACAGGGCCGUGCUGCAGGCAAAGAAAAAAUUCCACUGGGAACGCAAGUCAUCACAUUCUUUUGUGGUGAACGUGUUGGCCCAGGCGCUGUAUGAGUUGUUUGCAGCCACUGACAAUUCUCUUCACGAGCUGAGAAAGGCCUGCUUCCAGUACUUUAAGCUCGGUGGAGAGUGCGUUGCUGGGCCUAUUGGACUCCUCUCAGUGUUGUCGCCCAAACCCCUGACCCUUAUUGGACACUUCUUUGCCGUGGCGCUGUAUGCAAUCUACUUCAACUUCAAGUCUGAAUCCUGGAGCACCAAACCCCGAGCUUUAUUUAAGAGCGCAGUCAUCCUGUACCGAGCCUGCACAGUCAUGUUUCCUCUCAUCUACUCUGAACUCAAGUACCUGGUGUACUAGCGAUAAACUGCGGGAACACUUAAUGGGCUCAAUUGGAAGAAAAAAAGUUGCCUUCCUGCUGAAAACGGCACUUUUAGCCAGCAUUAUUCUCUUGAUGAUUUUCUACAAUAUUCUUCUGCCUUACUGAAGAUGACUCUACUUAAUGCCUUUUUCAGCUCUGCGGUAGCCUCGUUUUGUGCUCACCCACAGUCUGCCCUGUCUCCCAGAGGACCGGGGACUACAUUAGUGACAGUUAUUCCUGCCAAACCUGAAUUUCAUGAAAAUACAUUGAAGAUGAGCCUUUUUUGAUGAUGCGGUGUUUGGGUAAUUUGGACAGUAUUUAACGUGAGAAUCAUUCUGCUUCACUUGAGAUCUACUGCACUGAUGAUGACUGUGUCCUACAGAGGAUGUUGUGGAAAUUGCCUGUAAAUUGCACUUAAAGUGAAUCUAGUGUUGUGCCUGUUUUCGCUGAGGAAAAAGUCUAAAGACUGUCAAACUUUGUCUUCUAUUGUUUCCCCUUUAAACAAGACUGUUGCUUUAACCUUAUUGUUGUAAUGAGGGACGUUUUGUAAGACAUUUGUUUCUUUACUCCGACUGUGCAGCUAUUUGCCAGAAGAUUAUAAUUUCAGAACCCGAUAAUGAUCCCCAAACUGUUUUACUCGUGCUGGACGUCCAUAAAGACCUGACGCAGCACGAAUGAACGCCGCGGGGGACAUUUGGAUUCCUGUGGGACCUGAAACAUCAGGAACGAGUAUGAAGCAUGAAGCUCAGGUAUUUGUUUCCUCUGAGCUGAUGGACAAGGAACUUGAGAAGAUUCAGCACUGCUGUUUACCCGUGUGUUUGCCUGUGUUGUUGAAAUAAAUCAGGACACAAUUUUGUAAGUGUA